AUGGGUGCCUCCAAUGCAAGCGCCGGAGUGUCAAGUCCAGGGGCAGGGACCGAGACUAAUGCAGAGGAUUCUCCCCCAUUGCAAGCAACCCCAGUGACCCCGGAGACUCGAGAGAGCGCCGCCACUCCGAGUCCGGACCAAUUCAACCUCUUACAUCUAAGACUGCUUCUCAACUGGACAACAUCAACCUGCCAUUCCAUCUCUCGGAACAGUGCAGACCUCGGGAUAUGGCAAACUGUAGUCCCCAAGAUGGCAUUGUCCCAUCCAUAUCUCCUGCAUGGCCUCUUCGCCGUGUCGGCGCUUCACCUCUCCCUGCCCAUGACGAGUCAGGAUCCUGACCGGGAAGAGCUGAUUAAGGCGGCGGAAUACCACCAAAGCGAAGCCAUCAGAAUCUUCACGCCUAUUGUUGGCAACCUGACCCCCUCUCAGUAUGACGCGACGUUUACGCUGUCGAACCUCUUAGCCACCAUCGCUCUCACCUUCCCCCUGGUCCACAAUAGUGUGGCCGGGAGAAUCCCCGAUGUGCUCAACGAGUUGAUCCGGGUGUUUGCGUUCGUGCGCAAAAUGACCCAGUUCUACGCUUAUAUCAUAGAGUCUGUCACACACGGUGAGAUCGCCCAGUUGACCUACUUCGAGGUGACUAGGGCUAGCUUGUCGGAUACCAUUCAGUCGAGAGUUUCUGCUCUUCAUGAGCUGAAUACCACACAUAUACUGGAUCCAGAGGCUUACCUGGCCUUCCGGGAUACCAUCGACCGGUUAGCGAGUACCUUCGCUAGGAUGUACAGUGGCCAGGAGAUCUUCUCGGCAUGUUUCUUGUGGAUGGCGCAGACUCCCGCUCAGUAUUUUGAUCGGCUUCAGGACCGACAUCCUCUUGCGUUGGUUAUCUUGGCACAUUACUGUAUUGUGCUUGACCAUAUGAACCGGCAUUGGUGGAUUCAGUCAUGGGGGAGACAGGUGCUGGAAGCAAUUCGGAGUGUCUUGGAGCCUGGCUGGCGUGUACAUAUAUCAUGGCCGCUUGAAGUUGUUGGGGUAUGA